AUGCCUGACAACAACUCGACCUCCUCUUGGCCAGUAAUAGGCCGCCACCCCUUCUCAUCCUUCCGGUCCCUUUUCACCUCUGCCGGUAAAAUGGAUAAGCCUUGUACUACUCCGACUAGUCUUUCGGAGCCUCUACUACCCAACACCAACAAUACUACUACUAUUACUACCCACCAACCAUACACACCAUCACAACCACAACAACAACAACAACAACCAGACCUAUUCGCAUCCGAAAUAUCCAAACCACUCCUCCACUCACCACUACUAUCCGAACCAGAAACACCCACCGAAAACAAAACCGCCUCAUUCAUCUGGGAAGACAUCAACCCCCCAGCCGAGUACUACCUAGCCGACAAAUCAACAUCAACACCACCCUCACCACCCCCAACCUACACAUACUCCCAACAAGACCAACAACAACAACAAUCACCACCACAAGACAAAGAAAGCGAUCCAACCAUGAUCGACACAACCACCAGAUCCAUCCCUGUCUCCUCCCUUCCAGGCUACAACGACGUCAGCGGCGCCGUCAUCGUCGACUACGACGGCUUCCCGCAUUUCCUUUCCCCCCAGGAAGAAGAAGAACGGAAAAUGAAGCUCCAGCGUGCUGUACAGGAGAAAAUGCUCGGUCUGCCGAGACAGACCAGCUUCGAGUGGGAAAGACCCCUGUCUGCUGGGUCGGCCGCCGGGUGGUUGCCGAGGUAUUCGCCUGCGAAGAGGGGAGCGCAGCGGUGA